AUGGAUAGUGGUACAUUUAGUACCAACACAUGGAGAAAGAUCUUACUUAAGGUCAAUAGUCAAGGGAAAAGAAAUUUCAACUUGAAGCAGCUUAAACAAAAGUUUAAUAGACUACGUGCAAUGCACAGUGAGUUCUCUGAUCUUUUAAAGCAUACUGGAUUUGGGUGGGAUGCUGAAACUAACACAAUGCAUGCUCUAGAGGAAACCUGGCAAAAUUACAUUCUGGCACACCCAAAUGCAAAAAGAUUCUGCUCAAAGAGAUGCCCAAACUACAACUUGCUGGGAAUGAUCUUUAAUCCAUCAACAGCAACCGAUGCCCUCCACUACUCUUCCACCCAAGAUCGACCAAACACUGAUGAUGAGGAUGAGAUGGAUGACAAUUUGGAACAUGGUGGAGUGCAUGUGGAUGUAAAUAUUGAGACCCCUGAUGAUCCUCCACAACCAGAGAUGGUAGGAGGAGUGACCACCCGUUCUGGAAAGCGUGUAACUGAUUCUCUAUUAGAGCGUAAAGGUAAGAAAGAAUCCAGAUUAAGUCAAAUGGGGAGAUGCUUUGAAAGCUUGGGUUAA